UGUGCUCAUUAUACACAGUGGAGAAUGAGCUAGUCCACGUGAUUUACAGAUACUUAUCAGGCAAGCGCUCAAAACAAUAAAUACGCUAUUAUGUGGUCUCCACCAGUCGACCGUUUUUAAAAUGUAAUUAAACCAUUCAUAGUUCGGAAAUGGCAACUUCUGCUACUACUACUGAAAGUCAAGAACGCACCUAACCGCGUUGGGUUGUUUCAGGUGCGUUUUUAAACGCGGCUAGACCAAGGUACCACUAGUACCCGUUGUGAAUUUUCGGGCCCAAAUAGGUGGUUAUGUUGGUGCAGUGCUCUUGGUGAGACAAUGUGCAAAUGCUGUCAAUCUUGCCUGGAGACACUAUGGUGGCAUAUGAUAGAGAAAAGGUUCUGUUUCGACGACGAAAUAGCUCUGUAUGAAGUUCCGGAGACUAGCCCAGAGAAGAAUAAUAACAUUUUCGAAAAUGCCGUGUUCUACGAUAGUGUAUCGGUGAUAGCGGGUAGAUCUGUGGUCACCAUAGAACCACUACCGACAAAACUGAACGGAUCUGUUCCAUCAAUCUGCGAAUCCAUCCCUAAAAAGACAGUGGAACCACCAGUGAUAAUUUCUCAGCCCAUUCCAUCUUUGAAUUCGUUGCCAAUAAUCCAACUGGAAAAAGACAGUUCUUCUGAAGAGUUGUCCCAAAAUGGGGUUCUCGAAAAACGCUUGUAUAGAAGUACUUCGGAUAUUGCGCAGAGCCAAGCCGAAAAGAAAAACGUUGUGGACGAGAAUCACCUAGUGGGUGAUAUCAGAACUUUGGAGAUACCGCCAACCCUGACCGAAAGCAAAUCAGAAGGCGACAUGAUAAUCCUAAAAAAGGACCCAUCGGACUCCGUAAAGAGCGAAGGGGACCUGUCAUUACCCGACAGCACAAACAUAGAUUUCCGCAAGAAGAUAUUCGCAGAGAAGAGGAUGUCCAGAAGUCUGUACCUCAACAUCGAAUGCGUGGGCGAUAAAUGCAGGGAGAUCCCGAUCAUCCGACAAAAUUCGAUGCCCAAAUUCUACCUAGGCAGUCCGGAGGAUCACCAGCUGGAGACGGCCGUCUUCAGGACCCCCAGCACCGCCUUGGCCUGUCCAGUACCCGCGGUGAAAGACAGCGGAUUUGUCUACAAUCUCUCCUCUGUGGUUCAGAUGGAGAAGGAACGGGCGUACGGCUGCAGCAAUUUGCCCCAAGUGCACGACACGAGCAAGAGACAGUUUAGGGAUAAGAUAGUGAAGUUGAGGAGGAUUAAAAGUACUAUGUCGGCUUUUCAGAGCCACCACAUGUGAUCAGUAUUCGCUUUUAUGAUUCGAUUCCGUUCCACAGUAUUUUAGAUGCCGAAACAAGGCGAAAAGAAGUAAGAUUAGGUCGAGGUAUUGACGUAUGUAGGUGGAAAACGAGCGAUGAGUAUUAUUUGAAGUGAAGUGAACUGACUUGAACUGAAUGUAAAUAAAUCUGUGAUGAAAAAUUUGUACUGAGA